AUGAUUGAUAUUAUCAAAAUACUCAAAUAUUUAAUUGAAGAAAGUAACGAUGUUCAAUGGAAAUCACACUUUGUUGAACAUGUUUACAACAUGGAAAGUUAUCAUCAACAAGAAAUGAUUAGAAUCCUGCUAUGCAAACGAAAUCCAACCACACACAUCCCUGAUGCAAUAAAUCAAGAAAUAAACAAGUAUAUCUCCUGGCAGAACAGUAAUAAAUUGCAUACGUCAACUAUUUCGUUGACUAAUAAUUAUACAUUUGGAAACACCAAAAUUUCACUAUGGAAAGGAGAUAUAACCACAUUAACAGAUGUGACUGCAAUUGUUAAUGCGGCGAAUCUGGCCCUAUUAGGAUGCUUCCAACCAAGUCAUAAAUGUAUAGAUAAUGUCAUUCAUACUGCCGCUGGUCCUGAUUUACGACAGGCAUGUUUUGAUCUUAUGCAAGGAAAACACGAACCUACUGGUAGUGCAACAAUAACUCCAGGAUUUAAUCUACCUGCAAAAUAUGUUAUUCAUACAGUUGGACCAAUAGUACAUAAUGGACAAGUGAACACUGAGGAAAUCAAAGAAUUAGAAAGUUGUUAUAAAUCAUGUCUAGAAGAGUUGGAGAAAGUUGAAGGGGAUAAUAAAUCACUUGCAUUUUGUUGUAUUUCAACAGGUAUUUUUGCUUUCCCAAAGGAACUAGCCAGCCAAGUGGCAAUCAGAACCGUGAAUGAAUAUUUUACCAUACACACAGAUUCAUCCAUAAAACACGUGAUUUUUAAUGUAUUCUUAGAAGAGGAUGAACGAAUUUAUCAAAGUGCUUUAGAAAAGUUCCCUAGGUAUGUCACAGAAAUUUCCCUCCAGACCCCUGAACCUAAUAUAGAUCAGGCUAAAAAGUGGUUACAAGAUGCAGACAGUUUAAUAAUUAGCGCCGGCGCAGGAUUAUCAGCAAGUGAAGGAUUAGAUUAUUCGUCAAAAGAGUUGUUUCAUAAAGAAUAUAAACCAUUUUUGAAAUACCGAAUCAAUUCACUUUAUGAAACCAUUGGGUUCCCUUGGCCGUCUCAUGUUGAAUUUUGGAAUUUUUUCAUCUAUCAUUAUAUCAAUCUUUAUAAAAAAUGGCCCCGGACAACUAGUUAUCAACACUUACUUAAAUUGAGUAGUGAAUACCAAGACUCGAUGGUUCUUACUAGUAAUGCCGAUGGGUUUUUCGUUAAAAAUGGAUUUGAUAAAGAGAGGGUGUUUACAAUCCAAGGAAAUUAUGCUAAUAUCCAGUGUCUGAUAAAUUGUCAGCCAGAUGCAUAUAGACCAAUGGAGGAGUUGGUUAAUAAAUAUCCAUUGAAUUCAUCUGAUGAUAUUCCAAAGUGUCAAUUUUGUGGAUCAGAAAUGACAAUGUUUUUGAGAAUGGGAGAUCAUUUCAAUACUGAGAUUGUGAAAGAUCAAAGAGAACAAUACCAUACGUUUAUGCGAGCUCUGUUGGCAUCGAAAAAGAAAGUAGUGAUCUUGGAAUUAGGUGUUGGAUUAAAUACCCCGAGUGUAUUAAGAUGGCCCAAUGAAGAAAAAGUUGAAAUGUAUCCUGAACAAUUUAAAUUGAUACGUGUUGGUUUGGGACCCUCAAGUGCUAUUCCAAUGAAUAUAAUGGAUAAUACAGUUGUGAUUAAUGGUGAUGUUAAACAAGUCAUCGGAUUGCUAGUUGAGUAG